AUCGUGUUUAUUGUUGAAGUUAUGCAGCCAUUAGGAACAGAAAUGGAAUCGAAGAAAUCGGUAUUGAAAGAGUCGCAGUUGUCUCAGCAAGACGUCGAAAGUAAUCAGAAUCUAAUUGGAAACAGUCAUAUGAGCUCGCAAUUUGAUCCAAUGGCUGCGCAUGACGACUUCCUCGAGCAAAUGCUAUCCACCAUUGCUGGUAAUUCAUGCUCGUGGCUUCCAGAACUAAAUGUAGGUGCCACGGAGGCAACAUCGCCUUGGAUUGGAUUACAUAAAUCUCGAGAUCUCGUUGCGGAAGAUGGAUCGCCGGAUCCAGACAAUGUUCCAAGAGAUCCUCAUUUCAAUUGCGACGAUCAAUCGUUACUUCUUCCGUCGUCAAAGGUCCUGCAAAAUCAGAUCAACAUCCAGCAACAAUUGUUGCUGCAAUGCAGCGGCAUUGACGGUUCUGUAUCCCGCGAUUCCAUCCUCAGGUCUCUGCCUCUGAACCUUGGCAACGGAGAUGAUGUCGGUACCAGUCCGGAUGGAGCUCUAUGCAACGGUUUCACUGGAUCUAUGCACGGAUCAGAUCCAAACUCAAACCUAUCCCAGCAUUUCCACCUUCCUCAUCAGGGUCAAAAUUUCGGCGCGCCGAUUCUAAUGGGUGCCAUGAACGCGAUUCCAUCUAGCAGCUCGGCCGGAAGAGGAACAACUGAAGCGCAGCCGAGACAGAGAGCAAGGGCCAGGAGAGGUCAAGCCACUGACCCUCACAGCAUCGCCGAAAGGUUACGGAGAGAAAGGAUUGCAGAGAGGAUGAAAGAUUUGCAAGAGCUUGUCCCUAAUGCCAAUAAGACCGACAAGGCUUCAAUGCUUGAUGAGAUAAUUGAUUAUCUGAAGUUCCUCCAGCUCCAGGUUAAGGUUUUGAGCAUGAGCAGAUUGGGAGGUGCAACUGCUGCUUUCCCCAGAAUGGGUGGAGAUACAUCAGAGAAUAAGGCAGUAAUAGGUUCGAGCAUUAACAAAGAGGGGACAUCAAGCAUGAAGGAGCAGCAAGUAGCAAAGUUAUUGGAAGAAGAUAUGAGCUCAGCUAUGCAAUAUCUUCAGAGUAAAGGACUUUGUCUAAUGCCAAUUUCAUUAGCGACAGCUAUUUCAUCGGCUACAUCUAUUUCCAACAAAACUACUCAUGUCGGGGCAUUUAAAAGUGGUGAGCCUUCUUCCCCUAAUGUCUCAAUAACGACUGUUCAGUCUAACAUGGUUAAAGAUGUUAAUGUCUCUAUCUCCAAAUCAUAAUAUAUAUACUUAUGAUUAUUAAUGGCUUUUGAUUUUUUAAUUAAGGACUAUCUAUAGCAAUCAGGGUUCUAUCUUUUUAUUUAUUUAUUUAAUUUCCUCUGAAAUUAACAUUGAAUUUUAUUAUGGAUAACUUUAUGGAUUUGU